AGGGCGCGGCGCUUAGCGUGUUGACGGUACGGCGGGCGAGUUCGGCCAGUUUGGGAUCGAGUGACCGCAGGCACCAUGUCCAGGCCCUCGGCCUACCAGCACAAGCUGGCGGAGAAGCUGAGCAUCCUCACCCAGCGCGGGGCGGGGGUCCUCCUCCGACUCAGCCACAUCAAGAAGGUGUGCACGGACCCAAAACUCCGGCCCACGUUUCUGACGGAGAAGGCCAUGGAGCCCGCCAUCAAGCACAUCAACAAGAAGUUCCCCAACAUCGACUUCAGGGGAAACAGCAAUCACCUGGCCAGCAUCCAGAAGCAGAAGUCUGAGCUGCUCAAUGCCCUGGCGAGCUACUACCACUCCUUCCUGGACGUGAUGGAGUUCAGGGACCACGUGUACGAGCUGCUUAACACCAUCGACGCUUGCCAGUGUUACUUCAACAUUGCGGUGAACUUCGGCUUCACUAAACGAUACCUGGACCUGAUCGUGACCUACACCUCAGUCAUCCUGAUGCUGUCCCGCUCCGAGGACAAGAAGGCCCUGGUGGGCAUGUACAACUGCGCUCAUGAGAUGUCCAACGGAGCCAGUGACCCAGCCUACCCCCGGCUGGGGCAGAUGUUUGUAGAGUAUGAGCAGCCCUGGAAGAAACUGAUGGAAGAGUUUGGCCCUCACACCAAGCUGGUGACGGAGGCGGUGCUGUCCCUGCAGCUGGUGUACCCGCGGAGGAACCUGCCAGCGGAUCAGUGGCGCAGCGCCCAGAUGCUGAGCCUUCUGAGUGCGCCAGCCGCCAUGCUCAGCCCUGCCUGCUGUGACACUAUCCCAUGCGAGUACCUGCCCAUGGAAGUGAUGGAGCGCUGGAUCAUCAUGGGGUUCCUCCUGUGCCAUAGCAGUCUGAGUGUGAACCCGGCGUCUAUGGACCUGUGGAAGAUGGCUCUGCGUAGCGGCCUGCACCUCACGCUGAUCCGGGACGAGCUGCUCAACAUCCACAAGGUCACCGAGGACUGCUUUGACGGCAUCAAAGGGUACAGCAAGCGCAUAGCGGACAUCAAAGAGUGCAGGGAGCAAGCCAUAGCAACCUGUGGAGCGUUGCACAGAGAGAGAAGACUCUUCCUGCGAGGGGCACUGAAAGAGCUGUACAAAGUGCUGGAGGAUGAACCAGGCCUGCUGGGCCCUAAGGCCCUGUUUGUCUUCAUGGCUCUGUCGUUCUCCCGUGACGAGGUCCUCUGGCUGCUCCGACAUGCUGAAAAUGUCCCAAAGACCAAGACCCCAGAAGACUACGUGGACCAGCAGUUAGCAGAGCUGCUGUUCUACAUGGAGAAGCUCAGGGCCCUGAUGUCGAAGCACAGCCGGGUUGUCCAGCGCUAUCAUCUGCUGUACCUGGCACAGUUUGAUGCUCUGGCACUCAACGAUACAAUGCAGAACAUGAGCGUGUGUCCGGAGGAGGAGUCCAUACUGAUGACAUCGUUUGUCUCGGACCUGUCCGCACUGACGAUAAAGCAAGUGGAAUCGGGGGAGAAGUUUGACUUCAGGGCUCUCAGAAUGGACUGGCUACGACUGCAGGCAUACACCAGUGUGUUCAAGGCCCCCCUUCCUCUGAAAGAGUACCCGGACCUGGCCAAGAUCAUGAACAUGACCGAGUUCCACACCAAGAUGAUGGACAGUCUGGAGGAGCUGCUCCAGGAAACGUCUGACCUCUCCUCGCUGUGUUUCUUCCCCCGACAGUUUGAGAAGAUGUUCUUCCACAGCUGUGAGGACACGGUGAUGCAGCGAUAUCUCAUCUCCUUUCCCCUGGUCUGCUCACACUUCUCCCACUGCGCCCAUCCCAUGUGCCCAGAAGAGAUUCCAGCCACUGAGAAGAGGAGCCUGCGGCUCUGUGUGGCGUUCCUGGAGGAGAUCGCCCAGCAGACCUGCUCCGUGAUCAUGGAGAUCUGCGCCGAGCAGAGUAACCUGAACGACCAGCUGCUGGCCAAGCACUGUGCCCAGACCAUCAGCACGGCCCGGGACAAGAAGCUGAAGAGGCCUGAGCCCAAGAAGGGCGCGGUGCAGAGGGAGAAACCCGGGGCCGAGAGUCAGAGGAAGGACCGGGCCAUCGUCACCACGAUGGACAAGCUGCACCUGGCUCUGACGGAGCUGUGUGUGACGCUCAGUCACUGUGGCCAUAUCCUGGUGUGGGAGCACACCAUCGUCCCUGCAGAGUUCCUGCUGGGCCAGCUGGAGAUACGCCUCACGAAGAUAGUGGUGCAGAUGGCAGGGUAUAACCAGGCCACACAGGAGAUCGCUCGGCCCUCUGACCUCCUUGCGGGGAUCAGAGCGUACACUGCCAGCCUGCACACCCUAUCCCGCUACAUCAACCUGGACGUCACCCGCCUCAUGAAGAACGUCCUGCUGCAGCAGACCCAGCCACUCGACAGCCAGGGAGAGCAGACCAUCACCACCCUCUAUACCAACUGGUACCUGGAAGGCCUCCUUAAGCAAGCCAGCAGUGCCCUGAUUGUCCACUGUCCCACAAUGCACUGCUUCGUCAACCAGCCCACAGAGAGUGAGCAGAGCUUCAGGGCUGAGGAGUACUCCGACAUCCUCGAGCUGCAAGCCCUGGCUGAGCUCAUCGGUCCUUACGGCCUGAAGUUCCUGAGCGAGAAUCUGAUGUGGCACAUCACCUCUCAAGUCGGCGAGCUGAAGAAACUUGUGAUUGCGAACAUGGACGUUCUGGUGCAGAUGAGGUCUAACUUCGAUAAGCCAGAAGUGAUGGCCAAUCUUAAGAAGAGACUUCCUGCCUCUGAAAGUAUCCUGAAGAGAAUGACCAUCAUUGGCGUGAUUCUGUCCUUCAGAGCCAUGACACAGGACAUGCUGGGAGAUAUCAUGCACAAACACUGCCCGUAUCUCCUGGGGCCCAUAGAAAGCCUACGGGACCUCGUGUCUCCAGAAACUGACAUCAAGGUUACGCUCAGCGUCUUUGAGCUGGCCACUGCAGCCGGACUGUCCUGCGAUAUCGACCCCGCCCUCGUCAGCGCUCUGGCUAGCAUGCGAACAGACAGCUCCUCGGUAGAAGAGGAGUACAAGCUGACCUGCUUGCUCCUGGUUUACAUUGCUGUGUCCCUGCCUGUUCUGUCCCUGGACCCUAACUCGUGCUACAGUCGUGAGAACGGAGGACACCAGAACAACAUCCACUGCCUGGCCACUGCCAUCAACCAGCUCUCUGCAGCCAUGCUCACAGUCCAGAAGAAGAACGUCGAGCAGCACCUCAAAGAGUUCCUCUUGGUGGCGUCCUCCACUCUGCUGCAGCUGGGCCAGAACGUGGAGGCAGUAGACAGCAAAAACAGGGACUCCAUCUACAUUCUGCUCCACAUGAUAGUGGAGGAGUCACCGUUUCUGAGCCAGGACAUGCUGGAGAGUUGUUUCCCAUACGCCCUGCUACGCAAUGCCUACAGAGAUGUGUACAAGGCCUCCAUUAUCACACUGGGCUAACCCACUUCAUUAUCACCAUGAGCUAACCUACACCAUUAUCACACUGGGCUAACCAUUCCAUUAUCACAAUUCCUCCCUUUUACUAAUCAAUGCUUAAGGAUCUCACACAAAUCACAGAAAAUCAUCAAUCAAUCAUAUAUCUGAAAUAUCUUUACAAAUUUCGUGAAAAAUGUUCUGCACUCAUUAUAUUGUAGCUUUAUUGUAGCUUUAAGCUUUAAUGUACUGUUAUUGUUUUCGGGUACAGUGCCUUCUAAUAAAAAUGUAUUUCUAACAUCCCCA